AUGAUUUUAAAAUUUGGUGCACUUUAUUGGAGGUUAAAUGACUCAUUCAUUACUCUUAUUCCUAAAAAAGAGGACUCUUGUACUCCAAAAGACUUUGGACCUUUAAAUCUUAUUGGAAGUGCAUACAAAAUUAUUUCUGAGGUUCUUUCUGAGAGAUUGAAGAGUGUUAUGCCAUUGCUCAUAUCAGAUUACCAAUGGGAUUUUAUCAAUAACAUAAAAAUUCUAGAUGGUGUGCUCAUUGCGAAUGAGUGUGUGGAUAGCAGGGUGAAAUCCAAAAAACCAGAAAUUCUCUCAAAGUUGAUGAACGAUGGUGUUGAAAGGGGUCAAAUUCAAGGUUUUAGGGUGGCUGACACUGGAACAAUGAUAUCUCAUCUUCAGUUUGCGGAUGACAAUAUUAUUUUUUUGAAUGCAACUUCAUCAGAUGAAGUUACUAGACUCUUUAUCAUUCUAUCCAUUUUUAAAGCUCUUACUGGGAUGAAGAUGAAUCUCAAAAAGAGCAUUAUGGUGAGUAUAGGUGUUGAUGAGGUAAUUGUGGUGUUGGCAAAGGAGUUGGGUGCAAAAUAG